AUGGUGAAACCCAAUUUUCGAUUAGACGGUCAGAUUCUUGUUUCUCAAUUUUUGGCCGCAUGUGAGGGCCUACCGGUGACAUGGUUUAAGGAAUAUUGGAAGCGCCGUUCCUUUCUUGUGACUGGGGGGAUUUGGGAUUUCAAAUGGGGAGGCGAAAAUGGGUGUCUACAGUUGAGCCCUUCACACAUGAAGAACAAAGAUGAAAUGGCCAGCGACCAAGAAAUCAAUCGAAAGAGGAAGAACAACAACAACAACAACCAGGACUUCCAUAUCCCAAUAAAAAAACUCUCAGCAGAGCCCGAAGAAGACGACAAUGAUUUGCAGCUCACCCUUUCCCUCUCUUUCCGUCCCUCUCGGCCUCGGCGACACUCUCCGGCGAAGCCAACGCCGUCACCGCCGCCAGAACCAACACCGUCACUAGCAUCACUCUUAUCCCAAUCCACAACCCAAACACCACUCCAACUAUCACAAUCACAUCCCAUCUACAUGUCACCGCUGCCUCCUCCACCUCCCACGACGGAUCCAUCACCGAAUACGAAACCCCCGGCCACAACGACCACGCAAGCCGGUCCGUCGCGGGUCCGCCGGAACCCUACGCAGGCUCCACGCGAGGGGAAGAGUGACACGGUCCCCGCCCCGUUCCCGUGGGCCACCACUCACCGGGCCACGGUACAUAGCGUCGAUUAUCUCGUGUCCAAAGAGAUCUUUAGCAUCGCCGGAGAGGUGCAGUGCAAGCGAUGCGAGCGUAACUAUGAGAUGGAGUUCAAUCUUAGAGACAGGUUUUAUGAAGUGGGGACGUUUAUAGUGAAGAAUAAGUCCACCAUGCAUGACCGUGCCCCGACUGUGUGGAUGUACCCGGUUCUUCCGACCUGCAAGUUCUGCAACCAAGAAAACAGCGCGAAACCGGUCAUCUCGAACAAGAAGAAGACGAUCAAUUGGCUGUUUUUGCUUCUAGGUCAGAUGCUUGGGUGUUGUACCCUAGAGCAGUUGAAGUACUUUUGCAAGCACACAAAGAAUCAUCGAACUGGUGCCAAGGACAGGGUUCUUUAUCUCACUUAUCUUAGCCUCUGCAAACAACUCGAUCCCAAUGGCCCUUUCGAUCGCUGA